AUGAACGUACGGGAGCUCCUGAAAGCAUCGGCGGCUGCGAAGAAUCUGAGGCUCGGCAAAACCAUCCACGCCCACCUCAUCGUCUCCAACCAAAUCUCUCAAAACCGUGUCAUCGAGAAAAACAGUCUCAUAAAUUUCUACUCAAAAUGUGGCGAUAUCUCCAGCGCCCGCAACUUGUUCGACAGAAUGGGCAAGAAGAACGUCGUCUUGUGGUGCGCUGUAAUGUCCGGCUAUUUGCACCAUGGCUGCACUUUACAGGUCAUACAAAUGUGUAGAGACAUGCUUACAGUGGAUAAAUUGCGCCCAAACGAGUACACCCUCUCGAUGGUCCUCUCCUCGUGUUCCAACUGCGGGCUUCUGGACGAGGGCCUCCAGUGCCACGGGUUCGGGCUGAAAUCCGCGCUGAUUUAUUAUCCACACGUGAAGAACGCGCUUGUGUACAUGUACUCGAUGUGGAGAUGUGGAAGGGGCUAUGAGGGCUCUGGAUAA